CCGGAAGUGACGUGACCGCGGUUCCGGUCCCGCCUCUCUUUCCCUCAGCAGCGAGGCCGUGGGUGCGCGCGGUGAGAAAGUGCCAAGAUGCAGAUCUUCGUGAAAACCCUGACGGGCAAAACCAUCACCCUCGAGGUGGAGCCCAAUGACACCAUCGAGAACGUGAAAGCCAAAAUCCAGGACAAGGAAGGGAUCCCCCCCGACCAGCAGCGUUUGAUCUUCGCGGGGAAGCAGCUGGAGGAUGGCCGCACCCUUGCAGACUACAACAUCCAGAAAGAGUCCACCCUGCACCUGGUGCUGCGCCUGCGAGGCGGAAUCAUCGAACCCUCCCUGCGCCAGCUGGCCCAGAAAUACAACUGUGACAAGAUGAUCUGCCGCAAGUGCUACGCCCGCCUGCACCCCCGCGCCGUCAACUGCCGCAAGAAGAAGUGUGGGCACACCAACAACCUGCGCCCCAAGAAGAAGGUCAAGUAGAUCCUCCAGCCCUGCCUGCACUGGUUAAUAAAAAUUUGCAACGCUUA